GGGAAUGCUAGGGUGCAAAACACACCCUUCCUCUCUCUCUUCCUUUAGGUUUUUUUUAACGAUGACCGUCUGAUUUUUUUUCUUGUGCAUCAGACAAGCAGCCCAUCAGGGCCUCGCAUGUAACGUGAACCAUACCGCGAUAUGCAUGCGGUUUUGGUGCAUUCGUAUAUUCCCUCAUGAUAAUGUUAACCCGACUUGUUCUUUGUUGCAAAGGUUUGUAUACGCUGCUCUCUGUGAACGUGAACAAAGUCAUUGUGUUUGUGUUUUCUUCCCACAGACCCCCCAGUGCUGCAGCAACUUCGGAGAACAUAUCAGUAUUUUAAAGACUACAGACAGAUGAUAAUUGAGCCUACGAGCCCCAAGCUCCUCCCAGACGUGCUCAAGGAGCCGUACUACCAACCGCCCUACACCCUGGUGCUGGAGCUGACAGACGUGCUGCUGCACCCAGAGUGGUCGUUGGUUACAGGCUGGCGUUUCAAGAAGAGGCCGGGUAUUGAGUAUUUAUUUCAGCAGCUGGCUCCUCUGUAUGAGAUCGUCAUCUUCACAGCUGAGACAGGCAUGACCGCUUUCCCUCUUAUAGACAGCAUCGACCCGCACGGCUUCGUCAUGUACCGCCUGUUCCGAGAUGCAACGCGCUACGUGGACGGGCAUCAUGUCAAGGAUGUGUCCUGUCUGAACAGGGACUCCUCGAAGGUGGUCGUGGUGGACUGCAAGAAGCAGGCGUUCAGUCUGCAGCCCUUCAACGGGCUGGCGCUGCAGAAGUGGGACGGGAGCUCUGAGGACAGGACUCUGUAUGACCUGGCAGCCUUCCUUAAGACGAUCGCUCUCAGCGGGGUGGAUGAUGUGCGCUCAGUGCUGGAGAACUACGCCCUGGAAGACGAUCCUAUCGAGGCUUUCAAACGCAGACAGGCCCAGCUCGCCCAGGAGGAGCAGAGCAGAGUUUCGGAGCUCAGCCAUCAGAAGCAGCAGGGCCUGUCCCUGGGCUCCAUCGUGGGACGCUUGUGGGGCAGAAGCAAGCAGCAGUGACCUCGCUGCAGCCCAUCAACCAACCACAGACCUCCUUACUGAGCAGCCAGCCAACCGACUGCCACGGGGGGGACAAAGAAGAGAGCAUGGAAAGAAGGAGGAGGCAGGCUGAGGGCUGCUCCUGCCGUCCAAUCGGGUCCCAGCCCAGUGGUGAUGUCACAAUAGGGGUGGGAGGGGCUCUGGGAGGCAAAUCUUUUUUUAUCUUAAUGAUUUUUUUUUUAUUUUUUUUAGUUCCUCUAACCAGUCUCCAAACCUGGUCCUGGAGAGCUCCUAUCCAGCAGGUUUUCUAGGUGUCUUUACCUCAUCAGUGGAUAAAGAUCUGGAACACCUGUUCAUCUUGACUAAUUUAAGCCAAUAAUAAGUUCAAUUAAGUAACUGAGAGAUUGGUUGAAACGAAAACCAGCAGCCACAGUCGCUCUCCAGGACCAGGGUUCGGAGACCCCUGUUCUAAGCAGUAUCCCUGUCGUGUGUUUUUUCAAACUGACCUCCCGUUGCAAAGCAGUUUGAGACUUUGAGCGAUCCUGGAAUGGGUGACACUGCUACCCAAUAGGAGUCUUAUUCCCACCCGUUAGCUCGCUCGCUCGCACGCACACACACACACAGACUCCGCUAAGUCAGUGCGGUACCGCUGCCAAGCAGUGACCUCAUCGCACCCCUUCCUGGCAGACAGGCCAGUCGGAAACAUGCUGCUGUUAGUGUGAUCACCCUCAGCGUUACAGGCAAGAGGGUCUGCGGAGUUUCAGAAUAGCAGCUUGAACUGCUUUGCAACGAAAGUCUUUUAGCUAGCAACGAACCGGGUCCCCUGUGCCCUGAAAAUGGAACCUGUCUUGGGUUAAUUGUCCUGUUUGUUAAACAGCUGUAAUGACAAUAUGAUAUUCUACAGUUUAAUACAAUGCAGUACAGUACAAUACAGUCACAGUAAACUGAGAAUUGAUGAUGUAAGACUCCACCAAGCCCCCUCGAUAGAGAUACUGCUCUCUGAAAUGCUUUUUUUUUAUCAAGCCUCAAUAGGGGCAGGGAUAUUAAAUGCAUAGUUCUUUAUGUUUUGCAGACUUUGCGAUUUUGGAUUUUGUAUUUAUUUAGAGUAGUCGAUGAUGAUAAAAAUAAAUAGUGAUAUUGUAAUGAAGC